CGUCCUCCCUGUCUCAAACACACACACACGACGACGCGGUCGAAGCAAAAAUUCUGUCAGGACCAUAAAAUUCUCAUUCAUCUUCUUCUUCUUCUUCUUCCAUCUCUGCUACCUCCAUCUCCUCUUCGUCUUCAUGGAAACUGUGAAGAUGGAAGAGUUCACUUCAGGUGCAAGUGGAAGAAUUAUUCAUCUAUUCAGAAACAUUAAACGAUCUGUCCUUUCGUUAACAUCUUUAAUCCGUUUCUUCAUUUUUAUUCAAUCAUUUUUUCUAUGGUUUCUCCUCCUUUUGCCUCGAAGAAGAAAUCAUCCUCCGUUGAAAAAGAAGAAAUGGGUUUUUAUUAGGAGGAGGAAAUUUGAAGAUGAACAGGAUGCUUUGAGAAGAAGAGAAUUAGCUGAUCAAUUACAGACUGGUGAUGGCGGUGUUGUUUCUACUACUUCUUUGUUCUUUGGUUCUAGAUUGAAUGCUUUGUUCUCUCGCUCUUGGUUUCCUGUUUCCGGAGAUGUCAAGGGUAUUGUCAUCAUUAUACACGGGCUUAACGAACACAGUGGAAGAUAUGCUCAGUUCGCUACACAACUGACUGCAUCCAACUUUGGGGUCCAUGCAAUUGAUUGGAUUGGCCAUGGUGGAAGUGACGGAUUACAUGGAUAUGUUCCUUCACUUGAUCAUGUUGUUGCUGACACAGGUGCGUUUUUAGCGAAAAUUAAAUCUGAAAAUCCUGCGGUACCAAUCUUCCUCUUUGGUCACUCUACUGGAGGGGCUGUUGUUUUAAAGGCGACUUCGUAUCCACACAUCAAAGGAAUGGUGGAAGGAAUCAUACUGACCUCACCAGCAUUGCGAGUCAAGCCAGCUCAUCCAAUAGUUGGGGCAGUAGCACCUCUAUUUUCUCUUGUUGCACCGAGGUAUCAGUUCAAAGGCGCUAAUAAGAGGGGAAUUCCAGUAUCAAGGGAUCCUGCUGCUUUGGUGGCGAAGUAUUCCGACCCGCUGGUCUACACUGGACCAAUUAGGGUUCGUACAGGUCAUGAAAUUCUUCGCAUCUCUUCUUACUUGAUGAGGAACAUUAAGUCUGUGACUGUGCCAUUCUUGGUUCUCCACGGAACUGCUGAUAAGGUCACAGAUCCUCUUGCCUCGCAGGAUCUUUACAAUGAAGCUGCGUCACCUUUCAAGGACAUAAAACUCUAUGAUGGAUUCUUACAUGAUCUUCUCUUUGAACCCGAACGUGAAGAAAUCGGUCAAGAUAUCAUCUCCUGGAUGGAGAAGAAAAUCGAAGCUAACUACAUGAAUCUGGAACAGCGCGAGCAGGUUCAAGAUGAUUUGUGGUAAAUGCUGGGCAAAUCAUUUAUAGCUUGUUGGCGUACACUCGAACAAAUAUAUAAUCUCUCAUAUGAUAAAGAAGUAUAUAUAUAAUCCUGGUUAUAAUUUACAAGGAAUGGCAAGAGGUUUCGCGAAAUUAGUGUCGGAAUUAUACUUGGCAGAUGGUGGUUACCAACUUGUUUAUAUAAAAAUUCUGCCUAUUCGUCCAGAACAUGAUAUUGACAGUUAAUUUUUUUAUUUUUCAUACUGCAUUUUACCCAAAUGUUAUGUGGCUGUCAGCCAAGAAGUUUUUAUUAUAAAUUCAUGACAAAGUGAUAGAUGGUAAA